GUUCCCGCCUCCGCCUCCUCCUCGACUCAAGCCCUAGAUCACCCAAAGCCCUAAUAAACCCCAGCCCCCAUUCCCCCCCUCUCUCCUUCCUCCUCCUCACCGAGCGUCGAGCGAUAAUGGAGAGCAGGGGCAAUGGAUCGAGCGUGGACAAGGGCGUAGACUUCGCCAACUACUUCUGCACCUACGCGUAUCUCUACCACCAGAAGGAGAUGCUCUCCGAUCGAGUCCGCAUGGACGCCUACUUCAACGCCGUCUUCCAGAACAAGCACCAUUUCAAAGACAAGGUUGUGUUGGAUGUGGGCACUGGCAGCGGGAUUCUUGCGAUUUGGAGUGCACAGGCCGGAGCAAGGAAGGUUUACGCUGUUGAGGCCACAAAGAUGGCUGAGCAUGCCCGAGAGCUUGUUAAGGCUAAUGAUGUUGAGAAUGUGGUUGAAGUAAUUGAGGGAUCAAUUGAGGAUGUUACAUUGCCUGAAAAUGUUGAUGUUAUAAUUUCAGAGUGGAUGGGUUACUUUCUUCUGCGAGAGUCAAUGUUUGAUUCUGUGAUAUGGGCCCGUGACAGGUGGCUGAAGCCUGAUGGGAUGAUGUACCCUAGUCAUGCUCGCAUGUGGGUAGCACCUAUAAGAUCUGGACUUGCAGACCAGAAAAAGGGUGACUUUAAUUCUGCUAUGAGUGACUGGUACAGCUUCGUUGCUGACACUGAAACACAUUAUGGGGUUAAUAUGAAUGCUUUAACAAAGGCAUACCGUGAAGAGAAUGAAAAAUACUAUCUCAAGACUUCAUUGUGGAACAACCUUCACCCACAUCAAAUAGUUGGGACCCCUGCUAUCAUCAAGGAAAUUGAUUGUUUGACAGCUACGGUAGAUGAUAUUCGUAAUGUGACAGCAAACUUCAUGUCGAGCAUCAAUAUCGAUCACACACAAUUAUCUGGAUUUGCUGGGUGGUUUGAUGUUCAUUUUCGAGGUAGCAUGCAGAACCCAGCCAUGAGUGAAGUUGAGUUGACUACUGCCCCUAGCACAGAGGAUUACACACACUGGGGCCAACAGGUAUUUAUGUUACAUCCACCUCCAAGAGUUAAUAAGGGUGACAGUUUAACUGUAUCUUUCUCAAUGAGUCGUUCCAAAGAGAAUCAUCGCUUGAUGGAUGUGGAAUUUGCAUAUGAAUUGCAGCAGGCAUCUGGUCAGAGACAUCCACGCAUCACUUCCAAGUUUUACAUAGAAUGAAAUUGGGCAUGACAUUUCAUGAAAGGAGACUUCAUCAGUACAACACUGACACCGCCCAGAGAGAGCAAUUCUCGUCCUCUUUGGGGGGGAUUAAUGCCGCUGUUGACAGUUAAAAUGUUGUCUGUACCUGUAUCAAACUAACUAUUCUGUUUUCCCAUUAACUAAUUUAUUUUGAUGCUUUCUUUUUGGUAAAAAUUUUGGUUUGCUAUGAGCAGUAGUAGUAGGGUCUCAAUGGAAAUCCCGCAGACGAUAUACAACUCCUGUGAGCCUUUACAAAAUGUUUUUUUUCUUUCCCAUGAACAAAUCUAGUUUCUUUUCAGCCGCGA